AUAAACUUAGACUUUGUGUCUUGUUCUGAAAUUGUAUUAAAUAAUAAUAAAAAGAACACGAAAGCAUUGCAACCUACCUAGCUAAUCUUUUAGGGUGUGCCUACGGUGACAUGGUGACUUGCACUUUCCGGUCGACCUCAGUUAGGAUUAGGUCGACCUCAUUUAGAAUUCGGUCGACCUCAUAUAGGAUCUGGUCGACCUCAUUUAGGAUUCGGUCGACCUCAUAUUGGAUCAGGUCGACCUAAUCUGUUGUUUCAGUGUAAAAACAGUUCAUGGUGCCUACUUUGGAUAUUCAUAUCAUACAAUUGGCUAGAUGGAAAUUGAAGACUAAUGACUUGUUUUGAAGCUGGAGUGUCCCUCUACAUAUUGAAGUGCAAGAGAGCUCGAUAGGAAGUCCAGAAGACCAUUUUUGAACCUCAUCAAAAGGCUAUGCCAAAACUGGGAAACUGCCUGGAAAUGGCUAAGUCUGGAAACGUGUUUGUGAAGCCUAUUUUGGAGCUCAAUUCGAGAAGCAUGAAUGCGAGUCGAUUCCAGGAGCUGCUACCACGUUAAAUUAGGUAUGUUUUUAUACAAAUUCAAGGCAUUGGAUGAAAGAUUGGAUAUCUGUAAGGCUUCAAACAAAAGGGUCGAAGUUGCUACGAAGGCUGUUUUUCUGGCAGACUUCGAGCACAAGCAAGCUGCCAGAAAAACAACCUUCGUAGCAACUUCGACCCUUUUGUUUGAAGCCUUAAAGAUAUUCAAUCUUUCAUCCAAUGCCUUGCCUUUGUAUAGUAAAAUACGUAAUUUAACGUGGUAGAGGCCCCUGGACUUGACUCGCAUCCAUGCUUCUCAAAUUGAGCUCCAAAGUAGGCUUGACAAACACGUUGCCAGACUUAGCCAUUUUCAGGCAGUUUCCCAGUUUUGGCAUAGCCUUUUGGUCAUGUUCAAAAAUGGUCUUCUGGACUUUCUAUUGAGCUCUCAAGUACUUUAAUGUGUAGAGGGACACUUCAGCUUCAAAACAAGCCUUUAAUCUCCAAUUUCCAUCUAGCCAAUUGUAAGAUAUGAAUCUCCAAAGUAGGCACCAUGAAACUGUUUUACACUGAAACAACAUAUUAGGUCGACCUAAUCCUAUAUGAGGUCGACCGAAAAGUGCAUGUCACCGUGACAUGCAUGUCACCUUAGCAAAGUACAAUCUUUUAAACCUUCCCUGAGGCAAGAUCAUAAUCACUUUUGGUUCUGUUGAAUUCUUCUCGUUUUCUUUCGUCAUUGAUUAGUGUGCGUUGUUUUAAUUAAGCAAUUUAGUUAACAAUCAAUAUGAUAUACUUGCUCAUUGUUAAGUAGGAUUAAAUCAAACUUUCUUCACAUAAAAAAAAACAAGGAGUAGGAAUGUGUCUUAAUCACUCUUUACAAAAAUUAUAUGGUACUAGAAGAUAACAUAGAUUGAAUCACGCAUUACAGUAUUAUUAUACAUAAGUUCUUAGUAUUUCAUUACCACUUUAUUACAAAUUUGUCAUGAUAUUUUCUCAAUUUGGUCAUCAAAUAUUGUAUCACUAAACUUGUCGAAUCAAUUUUCAUAUAUAAUUUUUUACAGAAUUUAUUUAUGUCAUGAACAUAGGAUCGAAUCAGUGAAAGGGCGAGGUAGUCCCCGUUAUCUACAAUCUGACGAUCAGCAUCAGUAUUGUGAUGUGGAAAACACAAAAAUAAAGUUAGAGAGUUUAAAAAGAUAAUUUAUAUGUUUCAAAUUCAUAAGAAAAAAAAAGGAGAAGAGCCUCUUACAUCAAAAGCUUUAGUACAUAUUUUUAGACAAAAACUUGUGAGAUUUCAAUGAACUUCAAUGGUGUCUUACAUGUACUUCGUGAACAUAGUCCAUAUGUAUCAUAAUUGUGACUUGAGCUAAAUUGCGACAUAGUAAGAACUAAACAGCUCCUACAAACAACACAAGGGAUGUGUCUAGUGGUUAUUGUUAGAAGAAGAAAUCCUAGUAGCAUCGGGAUGGGAGUUUGGCACCAAAGUUGCAAGUUCAAAGUCUGUCUAGUGAUACUAUAUCAUUUGGUUUGAGACUGUAUAUGCAAUAAGUAAUACUGCACCAUUUGCAGUAUGUCUGUGUUAGUCCUUCAAUUUAUGUUAGAGUACAAUUGAGUCUAGUUGAAGUAGUCGUUGAGAGCUUGUAGCUCAGGUAGUUAGUAGUGUUAGCUAAAAACCAGGUUACUAUAGUUAAGGUUGUUAAUUGUAGUCCAUGAUUGGGGCUAGCAACAUCACCUUGUUUAUAUUUUCAGUUAACCAUCAAUAAAUCUCGUCAGAUUGCAUUCAAGUGUGUUUUCACAUUUUGUAUCAGAACACAAAGCAAGAUGUAACCAUUUUUUAUUGAGAGAACAAAUCUGAGUGGUGUGAGACGAAUCUGUUGUUUGUAUACAGAUCUAGGUAUUGGGAAACAUGAGAGUAUUGUGUGAGGCUGAAAAAUGAGUGAGAAUGCAAGCUUUGCUCAGGUUGGUCUGCCCAAAUUUGAUGGGGACUAUGAACACUGGAGCUUGCUUAUGGAGAAUCUCUUGAGAUCCAAGGAGUACUGGGAGGUUGUAACUAAUGGAAUCCCAGAAACAGCUGCUGGAGUGGAACUGUCAGCCACUGAGACCAAGAACUUGGAGGAUUUGAGACUCAAAGACCUUAAAGCGAAGAACUACUUGUUCAGUUCGAUUGACAAAUCUAUCUUUAAGACUAUCACCAAGAAGUCCACUGGUAAGCAGCUCUGGGAUGCCAUGAAGAUUAAAUAUCAAGGCAGUGCCAGAGUUCAGAAAGCUCAAUUGCAGGCACUCAAAAGGACUUUUGAGGUAUUGGAAAUGAAGGAAGGUGAGGCUUUGGCUGCUUAUUUCAGUAGAGUUAUUGUUGUGGCUAAUGAUAUGAGAAAUUGUGGUGGCGACAUGCCUGAUGUCAAGGUGGUUGAGAAGAUCCUUAGGACUUUAACAAAGAGAUUCAAUUAUGUAGUGUGCUCCAUAGAGGAGUCCAAAGACAUAGAGACUCUUUCUGUGGAUGCUAUACAGAGCUCUCUGUUGGUGUUGAAGAGGAGCAUGCUCUUUAGAAUAUCUUGUGAUUCUGGGGCAAGAGGAGGCAGAUCAGGUAGAGGUGGAGGCUACCAAGGUAGGGGCCGAGGAAGAGGUGGUAGAGGCUGGAGCAAGGACAAUGUGGAAUGCUUCAAGUGUCAUAAAUAUGGUCACUAUCAGUAUGAGUGUCCAGGCUGGUAUCCAAAUCCACACCAGUCUCAUUUUACUCAAAAUGAUAUGACUGAUGAUGUGUUGUUGAUGGCAUUUUUGGAGGAUUCUAACAAGACAGACAUGGAAACUUGAUGGUUCCUAGAUUCUGGGUGCUUUAAUCAUAUGAGUGGUGACAAGGCCUACUUUGACAACAUCAACGUCAAUCAUACUGGCCAAGUGGGGCUAAGGAACGACAACAAGCUGAAGGUAAUUGGGAGAGGAAAAAUCAAACUCCCACAGUCCCACUGGACCAUGUUACUUUAGUUAUCCAGGAUGUUUUCUUUGUUCCAGGACUGAAAACAAACUUGUUGAGUAUGGGAAACAAACUUGCUACAAGAGAGAAACUUGGAGUUUCUGGCCAAACGAUAUUACUGCAAAAUAAUUCAUGAAACAAAGGGCUUACUCCUGGAAAUCAGAAUGAAGAGUAAUAGGAUGUUUGUGCUGCAAGCAACAUCCAAGAAGGCUGCAGAAUCCUCAGAGACUCACUGUAUGCAGACUGAUACCUCCCUCCUCUUGUGACAUCGGUGAUUUGGCCAUCUGAAUCAACAAGUGAUGGUGAAGUUGAAUAAGGACAAUCUGGUCCAAGGAGUACCUGACCUGAAGGGAGAACUAGGGAUGUGUGCUACCUGCCAACUUGGAAAACAAACAAGAAAGGCUUUUCCCAAGAAAAGUCAGUGGAGGGCAACCAAACAUCUUCAAUUGGUACAUGCUGAUCUAUGUGGUCCCCUUACUCCAACUUCUAAUGGUGGCAAGAGGUAUAUUUUCACCCUUAUUGAUGACUUCAGCAGAAAGUUAUGAGUUUACUUCUUAGCUGCUAAGUCAGAAGCUCUUGAUUGGUUUCGAAAAUAUAAGGCACGUGUAGAGAAAGAAACUGGAGUAUCUAUUCUUUGUUUAAGAACAUAUAGGGGAGGAGAGUUUCUGUUAAGUGAGUUUUAAUACUUGUGUGAUGCUGGCAUGAAGGGGCAGCUUACAGCAACCCUUACACCCUCAACAAAAUAGGGUGGCUGAGAGGAAGAAUAGAACCACCAUGAACAUGGUGAGAUGCAUGCUGAAAGAUACUCAAGUACCUACUGGAUUUUGGCCAGAAGCUGUGAACUGGACCGCUCAUGUGCUGAAUAGAAGCCCCAUAGUUGCAAACCAAGGAAAAACUCCUCAGGAAGUGUGGACUGGAGCUGCUCUAUCAGUUGCACACUUUCGAGUCUUUGGUUGUGUAGCUUAUGCUCAUGUACGUGAUCAACAGAGACGGAAGUUGGAUGAUAAACGUAUUCAAUGUCACUUCCUAGGAAUCUCCACUGAAUCCAAAGCCUAUAGACUCUAUUAUCCAGUCACCAAGAAGAUUAUCAUUAUUAGAGAUAUGGUAUUUGAUGAAAGCAAAGGCUGUCACACCAGCUGCAGUAACAGGACUUGAUGAGGAUACCGAUUAAGAAGAGCACAACUCCACUAUGUCUUAGGCCUAUCUUAGAGUCUUGUCCUUGGUCCCAGAUCAAGGAAGCCACCUAGUCAUCUCUAUAUCUACGAUUGUCCACACUCAACAGAAGUUCCACUAGACUAGUUGUUGAUGGCAGAAGUAGCAGGAGAACCUCAAAGCUUUGAAGAAGCUACUACAAAAGAUAAGUGGAAUAGUGCAAUGCAGCAGGAGAUGAAGUGCAUAGAGAAAAACAACACAUGGGAGUUGACUGACUGACCUGCAGGUAUUACUCCAAUUGGUCUAAAGUGGUUUUAUAAAACUAAACUGACAAAAAAGUGUGAGAUUGAUAAGCAUAGGGCCAUAUUGGUAGUUAAGGGCUAUGCUUAGAAGAGUGGGGAGGACUGUCUGUUGUGAUACACCGACAGUGACUAUGAUGGAGACUUGGAUUAUAGGAAGAGCACCAAUGGAUGUGUCUUCUUCCUUACAGGUGGAGCAGUUUCGUGGGCAUCAAAGAAGCAACAUGUGGUCACCUUGUCAACCACUGAGGCUGAGUUCGUUGCUACUGCAUACUAUGCUGCUUAGGGAGUUUGGAUAUUUGAUCAACCAACGAUGAAAAAAGGUCAAUCACAUGUGUUUAUUUCUCGUGUUCACAACUUGAUCCCAACCAAAUCUUAUUUGUGUGUUGGAUAUUUGGAGGGUUCCUUUAGUUGUUACUUUUCUCACUCGUUUUGUGACAUGACCAACAAACGUCUUAUAUAUUAUACUAGGCUGUGAUGCACGCUUUUCCACGAACUUAUUGGCAGCAUGCGGGGUGGUUGAUCGUUGGGAUGUAAUUCUUUAAUGUUUUAAAUAUUUGAAGUGGUAAUUAGGUAACUGUAGUGUUUAUUUGAGUACUAUUCUUUCCUAUUGACUUUUAUAAAUUGACAUUGCCUAGCAUAAACGUAUUUGAAUUUGUCUACGCCUGACGGGGAAAGACCAUCGAUGAUCGCUGAUUUCAGCUACUAUUCUUGGUAUCGCUACUAGUGAUUCCUCUAGUGUUCUGCCAAUAAUCAAAUUGCGGAUGACAUUGUCUCCUAGUUCUGUAACCAGUAUUUGUGUACCAUUGCAUAAUCCAUUGGUUGGGCUUCGAUUGCGGAGUGACAUUAAUGGAGUGAAUGGCUUCGAUGUUAUUUCAUGUUAUGAGGCUCCAUUGAAUGACAAGCUGCUUAAAAACUCAGGUGAGUAUUGUUCCUGUAAGAUUGAUGUGUUGGGGUUGCUGAUGUUAGGGUGUUCGAGCUGAAGUAAGUUUUGGUUCACCUAGAACUUCAUUGAGUAAAUAUACUGGCAAAAUCCAAUCUAAUUGUAGCCACAACCCAAAAAUAAACUGCAAAAGAAAAUAAAAAACCAUGACAAGAGCUAAUAUUACUGGUGCAAACCUUUUGUAGGGACUGAAAAUUGUGCAUAAAUACAUCAUUAGUGGUCAUCCAAUUUCCUCCUAUCUACUACCAAAUUGCCCAAGCAGAUCUGCCUAGGCCCAACGAACAGAGACUAAAAGCCCACUAAUUGAAACCGAAGCCCACUAAAUACUCUUCUAGGCUCACUAAUUCUAACUUAGUUUCAGCCCAAUAUAUACUCUUAUCGGAAACAGCAAUUCCUUUAUACAUUCACCCCAAACUGCUAUUUAGGGAACAAUAGCACAACUUUAGAUUUAUACAUAAUAAUAUUUGUAUUUGUAAUGCAAACCUUUUUCUCACAACAUAUUGUCCUCUUUGGAUCUAGACCUGCAUAGAGUUUGAAUUGUGAUGCAUAUUAAAGUGAUUUUUCAUAAGGUCAUCCAUCCUUUCAGUCCUCCACGUUGAGCACAUUUAACUUCGGAGUUCUCACAAGAACUUCUCUAUUUCACUUUUAAACGCGUCUUGUCAGUUAAUUAAGAGUUAUUUAUUAUUGUAAACACACUGGUUCUUCUAACUCUUUUAUUUUCUUAAAAUUCUAAAAAUAUUUUAUUGGGUGUUCUUUUUUAUGUUGGAAGUUUUCUGCUUAGUUUAUAAAGUUGUACUCUGAUGAUUUUUCUUGGCCAUGAUAGAUUUACUGACUUGUCCAGUCCGUAAUUUUCCUCCCUUCAUUUCAGAGAAUUUUCAAAUAAAUUUGGUGUUUUGUCUUUAUUCCUUCUUUUUAUUUGAUUUCAAAAUUAGAUUUGUUUCCGCUAAUACUCUCUUAUCCAAAUUCAAGAGUCGUAAAACGACACCAAUGUAUCUCAAUGUAUUCCAGGGAUACCUCAGCUAUUUUGUGGCAACACCUCUUAGGUUUCGACACAUGGAAACCAUUGAAAAAAAAAUGAUGGAUGUUCAGAGAAAAUGCUCACAAAUAUAUACAUCUUCAACCAACAAAAACAUAUUUCUCUAGUGAUCAUUAGUGGGUGGGAAAAGGAAAUAGGUUCUUUGAAUUUUCAUUCUGUUGGUUGAACAUGAUCAUACAAUCCCAUAAAUCAGAAAUGGAUAAUUAAUAUCUUACAAAAGUUUAUUUCCCCCUCUCGCAGCUAAUCAUAGACUGCUCUCGACUUCCACUUUGGCCGUUUUUAGCUACUCUACUUCAUUUAUUUUGUUUCCAUGAUUGUAGUUCCAUUGUCCUCUAUAUAUACAUAAUGUGUUUUGUGUACAUACAUUGCAUAGUUCAUAUGGGUCCUUUAGGCUAUGUACUUGGAAGACACAAGAAAUGGCAUUUACCUAU